AUGUCUCUGCCAUAUGGACCUCCGGUUCCAGUAUCUCCUCUGAUCAGGGGUCUAAGAUUUGGGCUACUCUUUGCAGGUAUAAUUUAUGGCCGUAUCAAGCAAACCAGAUAUGAAAAAGAAGAAGAAAUUUGGCGUGAAGAGGAAGCUGAGAGAAAAAUCUUACGAGAUCGUCAAUUAGCAAAAUUGAAAGCCAGAAUCGCUAUCGAGGAAAGAGAGGCGAUGAAAAAACUAGAGACUGGAGAACUUUUUGAUGAUUUAUAA